CGCUUUACCAACGUCUGGUUUACAAUAGAUGAUAACGUUCGGUUAUCAGUUUGGUAUGAACGCAAGCAUAAUGCAAAACUGGGAUAUAGCAUAAUCGAACAUAAUGUAGUCAAUCGUGUGUGUCUUUAAUUGAUUGUUACGUGUUGAUUUAUAGUUUGGACUGUGGAUAGGCCUACCUACUCGUGUUAAUGUCGAAGCCAUCAGCAUUGGUGUGUAAAACAUUCUUCCAUAUUGGGACACAUACACGACGGUACUACCACAAUGCGGAAUACAAAAGCUAUUAAAUACACAAUUUGUUUCAUUACGUCACUGCUGUGUUGUAUAUUCAUCUAUUCAUUAAAAUGGGACACAAGAAUACAGUAUAGCAUUCAUAAAGCACAAAUCCCAAUGUACAGACAGGCAACUCAGAAUAUAUCAAUAUUCCACACAGGAAAAAAUGAAUCGUUAAUUGAAGACAUAACUAAAACUGAAUCCGGUAAGAUAAUAAUGCCAGCAUUUGCAUCCAUAAAGGAAGCUCGUCUAAAAACAUCAAGCAAAGUACCGGUGCCGGUUUCAAAACAAGAAAACACGGGGCUGAUUAAUUCAAGCAAAACCACCGUCAUCCUAAAAAAUCCUGGCGUGGUAAAAGUUGGUGAGUUUUUUAGUGUGAUCAUCGAGGCUCGUAAUAGUAUGGGGCAACAUCGUGUGAAAGGAGGCGAAUUCUGGUUGGCAAGUAUCAGAAGUCGCCAAGCUAAUGCGGCAGGAAAAGUAAUUGACUUUAACAAUGGCACUUACGAAGCCAUAUUUUUUGCUGCCUGGACUGGUAACGUCAAUAUUGAAAUCAUUCUUGUCAAUCCUUCUGAAACUUCAGACUUUAUUGAAGACACGUUUUGGCAUAUGGAAGAUAGAGGUGUAUGGAAGGGAAAUUUUGUUUCGGGUAAGAUCAGGGAAACAAAACUUUGCAGAUUAAGAAUUAAAGGCGAUUUCCUGAAUAAAUGCGAAUGGAGUCAGCCGUUGGCAACCGGUAAAACUAUAUUUGUUUGUGAUAAGCCGUCGAAAUUGGGAUGCGAGACACUUGCGUCUCUUAAGUCUACCAGCAUUCUUUCUAAUACUUUAUCCAAUUUGACAAAACUCAGCACAGAUAUUACUAGAAGGUCUUUGAAUUAUGCACGUUUGCUCAGUACGCCAGCCGUCAAUAUCACAGAAGCUGGUAAGAAACAACAUGCCACUGAUCAAGAAUCAACGUUAUUGGACAGACUUUCUUUACCAGAAUGCAAGGCGGAUUUGCCAACACCUCUUAGUGACGGAUUUUGGACAGGGAAGAUAUGGACUUCAUUACAAUGCAAAACCAGACAAUGGACAGGACCUGAGAUAUCUCGGUGUAUUAAGGGAAAAGAAAUCAUAUUUAUGGGAGACUCAACCACUGAGCAAUGGUGUAAAGGAAUGCUCAACCUCAUGAAAGUUUCAAACAACAAUUACACAAGAAAACUAUCCACCAAACAUAUUACCCAUCAUAGUAAUAUUAUGAACUUCGAUUUUUAUUUCCAUCCGUACUCCUUCGGCUCAAGAACGCAUCGUUACCGGGUCGGUAAAUGGGAGUAUGAAGUCCUGGAUAAUCUGAAUUUCAGUGCGUGCAAUUACGUCAUAAUGGUCAGUCCAUGGGCUCACUAUACACAAUGGGUUAAGGAAAGUUUAUUGGAAAGACUGCAUCUAUUGCGAGAAACACUAAUAAGAUUUAGAAAACGUUGCCCUAAUGCACACGUUUUAAUGAAAUCGCCACACCCAAGGAAUCAUCAAAAGGGUGGAGAAAAUGUGUAUGUCAGUGAAAAAAUGCUAUUUGAUAUUUAUGAACUUUACCAUGAGAUAUUUUCAGGUUUAGGCAUACAUAUUAUUGACAUAUGGGAUAUGAACUUGGCCUACCCGCAUGCAAAUACCAUACAUAUGCCAAUGGCGGUAGUUUACCAAGAACUUUUUAUGAUGUUUUCCCAUGUUUGUUCAAAGGGGCCCACCUGACAUUUUGACAUUAUUGUUUAGAACGUUUUACGACAGUUAAAGACUUUUCAGAAAUUGUGCUAAAAGUCUUUCUGUAGAAAUAAAAGUUAAUCCUAUGUGUUCGCCGUAAAUAAAAGUAUAUAACUACCACAGAAACUAUUUUAUUGAACGGCUUCUCUCAUAAGAAAACUAACUUAAUUUGUUAACAUUUUAAAUGAAUGUUCAACUACAUCCAGGAAGUUUAUGAUUUUAGUAUUGAAACCAACUUUCCAAACAUUUUUUUGAAGACUGCUCUUUGUUCUACACGUCGCUCAUCAUUUUUUUCUCUAAUGGUGUAUAUUACAGAAGAUUGUUUUAUUUCAAUCGCAUUGUUUAAUUUUGUUAACAUUUCUAAAAAUCUAAAGCUCAUUUUCCUUAUAUGCUUUCAAGAAAUCUUUUUUAAGUACUACUCUAAAUUUUAUACUUAUAUUAUAAUAUAACAUACACUUAACAAUACUGCAGUGCAGUAAACAUUUAAAAGAAUAAAAGAUCAAUCGAAUAAUUUUUAACAGACUAUAUACGGUAAGGAUAAUAUAUAAUAAUGAAAAUAACAUGAUAAUAUUAUUAUUUUUGAUAAUAUAAUAUAUAAUAAUGAAAAAAAACAUAAUAGCAAGUAUAAUAGUUAACAUUAUUAUGCUUUAAUUCAAACCUGGUAGACAAUAGCCAGCCGCCCCAUGGAUCAAAGUAAGUUAAAAAUAUGAACAUAAAAAAAAUACAAAGAAAUAAUCAAA